UUAAAAUCGUUAACGAUUAAUUUCUCAGACAAGCAGCUAAGUAUGAUAUCGUAAUUGAUCAAUGUGAUAUCGGAAUCAUCGAUUCUAAAAUUCGACUUAAUGACAAAUUUUGGUCAUGUAUAGUAUCGUUUGCGUAGAAAAGGAAAUUGUAAAGGAAUUGUAAAGAAAAAGAUAAAGACGAAAAUGAGCAAUUCGUGCAAGAUUCGAACCGUUUUCUGUUAUAUCGAUAUGGCCGAUACAUCGCGUGGUCCGCCAUGUUUUGCCGUUGAUUGUUAGCUUACCGCCAAUUUUUCCGUCUAGAGACUUAGGUUGUGUUAUACGCGACAUUACGGUCGCGUAGAAAGAGUGAGGGCAUCGCGUGUAUUCUCUAUGUGAAUGAAGAAGAUUCCGGCGAUCUUGGGAUUCACUCGUGACCGGGGAAACCUGUAAUGCUGACGUAAUUACAGCAUUAUCGCUAUGCCUGCCCGAUAUUGCUUCCUGUGCGCGAGUGACGAGGGUGUUUUCCUAGACAUUACGACGGAUAACCGCGAGACAUUUGUCGAUCAGGUCGAGAUAUGUCUGUCCAGCAAGGUUAACGAAAGCAUCAAACUUUCCAAUAAAAUAUGUUACAAGUGUGCGUACGAAUUAGAUCAGUGUACCAAAUUUGUGCAAAAAUAUAAGAAAUCACAUAAAUCUUCAAAAUCAGAAAACAACGCAUUGAUGCCAUGUUGUUGUUUGUGUCUCGAACAUGUAGAAAUAAAUCGUAUCUUUGAUAUUACCAAGGAUAAUCGUGCAAUAUUUAGUCCUUUACAGAAGAUCCGCAAGAUUUUCAAUGAAGAUCUUAAAGAAGACAGGGAUAAAUUGAUAUGUCUGCCAUGUCGAUAUAACUUGGAUGUAUUGUAUGAUUUGAGGAGAAUAUUCCAAGAAGCACUCAUCAAUUUAAAGGCUUUAAUUAAUGAAGAGAUAGACUAUUCAAAUUUUCCUAAAGUAUAUACAGAUGUUGUAAACCGUAAAACAACUAUUACUACGUUUCCAGAUAUUACAUUCUAUGAUCUAAUAAAUUCUGAUAGCGAAAAUAGUGAGAGUAUGGCACAUAAUAAGCGCGUUAAAAACCGCAAAAGGCAACCCAACGCUAAACGAAACGAUGCGAAACCAAAAAUCCGGAAAUGCGACGAGUGUCACAGUAUUGUCCCGAGUGGCACUGAUAUGUACAGAUUUCAUCGCACGCGUCAAACAGUAUGCAAAAAUUGUUGGGUAACGAUGGAUCCAAGUAAAGACAAAUUGAGACGACGAUCGCGACAGAUUGAAUCCAAUUUGGCAGAAACAAAACUAUGCGCAGUCUUUUUGACAGACGUGUUGGACAAAAAAUCAAGCAAGAAUAAGAAAGAACAUCAGAUUGAGAAAAAUGAAAAUAAUAAAUCAUAUGUAUCAGAUGACACUUCAAUAGAAGAUAGAUUGUUUGAGAGUAGUUGCUCAAGCCUCGUAUCUAAGUCAGAAAAUAAUAUUAUUAACAAUAACACAAAACAAGGAAAGAAACGGCAGAUUGAUAAGAAUGAAGAUGUCGAGAGCACACCAGUGAAAGUAACAAGAUUAAGCAAAAAACGUGCAAAUACAAAUGAAACAAAGGUAUCGUCUGAUGUAGAGCAGCAGUCUCCUAUGACGCGACAAGGACAAUAUAAAAGAACAAUCACUAUUAGUGAUUCGGACUCCGAUGUUUCUCUAUUGAAAUCAAACGAGAAAUCGGAUCGUACGAAAAAGACAGGGCUUUUGUCACCUUCCUCGAGAAAACCAGAUAGAAAGAAAUUGAGAACUAUUCUUGAAGGAGUAACUGCAAAUGUACGUUCGGAAACUACCGACGAGUCGUCCACCGAAGAUACGAAUGUAAAAAGAACGACAAAAGACGCUUCGAAUGCGCGUACAAACAAGGAAAAGAACAUUCGCAAAAGGAAGAGAUCGUCUUCUAUCUCUAGUACGGAAAUAACAUUGGAGGAAUUUAAAAGUCCGAAAUCUAUAACAUCGCCGGAAGUUAAGAAAAAUUGCCAUACAUGUGACACAUGUGGUAAGAAAUUUGACACCAAGUUAGCAAACGUGGAACAUGGUCUAACACAUCUCAUGCAAGCUUCGUUAAAAUUGGAAAGAGUAACUGUUUCAAGUAUUAAGAUGUUGAAAAUGAACUCUGAAGAAGAUAAAAUCUCCAAAGAAACAGAAGAAGCUUCAACUAAAACCGCAUCAAUUGAUAAACAUAUCGAUGAUUCAUUUGAAGAGAUCGCUAUUAAUGUUGUAGAUUCAGAUGAUGAAGAAAUCUUCUCUUUACCGAAAAAACAAAAAGAAAACGAUAAGGAAGCGGAGAAAGAAGCAAACAGUAAAGAUUGUAAUGAAACUGACAAACUAGAUGCAGAGAAUGUAGAGGAAUCUACAAAAUUAUGUGUGGAGGAAUCUACAAAAUUAUGUGUGGAGGAAUCUACAAAAAUUCAAAGUGAUGAGAAGAUUAUAGAAGAAUCUGAACAAUCAGAAUCAAUAGUUGUACUGAAAGAAACAGUAAUAGAACGAAGCAAAGAUAUAAAAGAAACAAAUACAAAGAAUAAAAAUAUUAGGAAUAAAGAUACAAAUAAUAUAGGUACAAAGGACAAAGAUAGAAGAACAUCAAUGGACAGAGACAUUGACGCAUCGAAAGAUGAAGACACAAAUGCACAGAAAGACACGUCUUCUAUAUCUAGAUUUUUAAAUUGUAAUACAUUAUGUACAAGUGUUGAUGUAGAAAAAAACAAUGAAGAUGUAACUGCAGAAAAUGAUACAAAAGUGUUUACUACAGAAAAAGACAAAGACGUAACUGCUGAAAAUGAUACAAAAAUAUCUACUACAGAAAAAGAAAAGUCUAAUAAUGAGAUUAAUGAUAACAAGGAACAUUUUCACGAAGAAACAAUUCAUGAUAACAAAGUAACUAGGCCAUCAGUUUCUUCAAUUAACAAUACAACUAAGGAUAAUAAAAAUCACAGUGAAAGCUGCAAAAGUGAUUUAAAAAAUAAUAGCAAAGAUAAUGAAAGUGAAAUAAUAGAGGAUACAGAAAUGAAUCAAUGUGAUUUAACAAAUAAAUCUGGGGAGGAAAAUGUAAAUGAAUCAGAGGAAAAGGAAAAAGAUGUGUCGAGCAUCAUUGAUGAGACAGAAACAUUAAAGAAUCAAAUACAUUUAGACGAUACAGUAAUUGUAGACGAAAACAAGGUCGAAGAGACCUUAGAGAAGCAGCAAGAUAUGACCAAUGAACAGAAUACAGAACUAGAAAUUAUUAUAGAUGUUGACAAGCUUAAUAGUGCAACAGAUACCGUUAAAUUAGAUCUUUUGAAUGGUGAAAAACUUAAUCAGGCAGAAGAUGGAGAUGAAGACGAAAGUGAUGUUGUGUUAAUUACUGCAGAUAGUAAUAACGAUAUAGUACAAUGCGCGAAAAUCACGGAAGAAACAAUUAUAGCAGACAGCUCACAGGAGAAAGAAAAAUUAGAGGAGACUAUAAAGAAUCUCGAAGACUUGAUCGAAAACACUACAACUACGAAUAACAAAUGCGAAGAACGGGAAAAUUCGAAUCUUAUUUCGAAUGAUAGCUCCAUGGAUGCGGCUAAUAUGAUCCUGAAAGAAGUAUUUGAUCUCGCAGCUGCCGAAGUUCAAAAAAGAGAGGACAUCAAUAACACGAAAGGCUUGGACGAUAAUGAAAUGGAGACCCUGGAGAAUAUAACGCGCGAAAUACGCAAUAGCGCGGAUAUGCCAUCUUUGGAUCCAAUCAACAUUAUGGAUAUAGAUGAUGACAAUGAUAUCACAUUAAAUUAAUUAUGUUAUAUUGUUAUCAUCAUCUAUCACACACAAUCAUCAUAUAUAUUCUGUACAUGAUUAUGCACGUGAUUGUGUGUGCAAUUUCAUAUCUGUCUGCAAAUCCAGAUAAUUUGAUUGAUUUGAAAGAAAAGAGAAAACUAUGGAUAUCUCUUUAUAAAUAUAUCCUUU